AUGCUCCUCACAACCGUAAGUAACGUGAUGCCGCCCCACGGCGCGCCACUGUCUCUCGACCAAUGGCUGGACGCCAAGAUGGCGUCCUUCUGUCCACGCUACUCGCGCACAGCCGCCCAUACGCCCUCGUAUUACACAAAGAGGAAUAAAUCCGUUAGCCCCUCCGACAAAGUCCUUCGGCUCUGGGAGUUAGGGCAGCGAAAGUUACGCUACGGGGAGACCAUUCAAUGCUUUGUGGACGAAUUGUACGAUAUGGUCUCCAAUGUAUAUCGGGACAAGUCCGUGGAGGAGAUUAAGCAGAAAACGGUGAAAUAUGUCAUAUUGAGCCUCACGGGAGACGAGGUCCGACGUUAUGGACACCUCAUCGACCGCCCCUUGGAGGAAGUCGAGGAAAUCCUUUCUCGGGAUCCAAAUUUGACCCGCACUCCUCCGGUCGGUAGCCGCCAGCGGACAUGGCAGCCGCGAGGAGGUCACAGAUCCCAGGUUACGAGAGGCCCAACUGGACACAGACCCCAUCAACCGUCAUCAAAACAAUGGAGCAAUUCAGUACAUUUUAACAAACUGAAGCCGUAUCGACCAGAGGAGGAAGAUGAGGACGAGCCCCUUGUGUACUGCGAGCCACUCCCAAUUGACAACACCGUUGAAAUCGCUGCGGUGGAGGGUGACGACAAGCUGGGGACAGCUUCACUCUUGAGGGGGGGGCAGAGUAGUGUGGGGGCAGGGGGACGCCAUCUUGGCAUCCAGCCAUUGGUUGAGGGCCAGUGGCGCGCCGUGGGGGCGGCAUCACGUGAUUUCCGGUUGCCAGGAGUAUUUAAGUUUCAAAUGGGGCGCCAAAGCCCAGAUAGCCAAUCACCUCACGAGGUUGUCUUUCUAUUUCUAGAAGCCAAGCAGGAGCCAAUGAGCGGACAGGAGCAGCCUGAACCCAGUAUAUUAGAAACCCCUUGUGAACACUAG